CCCCUGACCCCGACCCCCGCCCGCUGGUCGCGACAUGGCGGGCGGCGGUCGCCGAGGCGGGGUGGGGGGGUGUGUGUGUGUCCGCUGCCUCCCGCCCCCGCUGACAGCCAGAGAAAACAGACGGAGCGGUUUCAUUUUCCAUCUCCGAGAAGAGCUGUGUGAUGUGUAACACCCCGACCGAUAACCACAGCGAUGACACGCUGCCAGUCGCAGAAAGUUCUUCUCGGUUUUCUGUGAGAGAAACUGAGACCAUGGACGCCCGAUGGCUUGACUACCCUGCCUCUGGAGACUUGCCAGACGAUGAAGACAUUGGCGAAUUCAGACCUCACUUAACUUCUGAUGAGUUAGAUAUAGAUGAGGCAUCUGGGUCUGGAGACUACCCAGACUCUGAAGAUGUCAUAUAUCUGACCACCAUGGAUACUCCUGUGAUAUCUGACAACUAUAUCCCUGGAGAUACUGAAAGAAAGAUAGAAGGUGAGAAGAAAAACACAAUGGUGGACAAUGAAAUCAUUCCAGACAAAGCUCUACCUGUCGGAGAGAACCUGUCCAACAAGAUCUCCAUGGCAAGCACAACCAACAGCAGCAUCUUUGAAAGAACAGAAGUCCUUACAGCGCUCAUUGCAGGAGGGGCGGUGGGCCUCCUCUUUGCUGUCUUCCUCAUCCUCCUCUUAGUCUAUCGCAUGAAGAAAAAGGACGAAGGCAGUUACGAUCUUGGGAAGAAACCGAUCUACAAGAAAGCCCCUACAAACGAGUUCUAUGCUUAAAGCUCAGCAGCACCUUGCGCCCAGCAAGGGACAAACAGACUAUGGAAACACAGUGCCCUCAGAUGAGAUCUGCUGGACAAAUGCUCUUUUUGGAUUGAAUUUUAAAGCGACUUCGAGAAAAAACAAACUUCCUACGUGACCCUUCCCAUCCUGCUCAGCUAACAAGGGCCCAAUGAAAUACAAAGAGUCUGAAAAAAAACCAAAACAACACCUCAGUGUAUUUUUUUUCUAAAGCUAGUGUAAAAAGAAUAAAGAUGCCAAAUUUUCUGCUUGGUUUUAUAGAGGGUAUAUAAACACAAAACAGACUGUAUGGAAGCAAACACCAUGUGUUUGCAUCCAGUGGGCCGUGCUCAGAUUGGCUGCUUCUAUAGAAGAUGGCUUUUUUUUAAAAAAAAAAACAACAAACAACCAAAAAACCAAACCACCAUGCUAAUAGAUGUCUUCCAGCAGGCUGUUGGUGUGAAGCUUUUUUGUAGAGAACUAUUUAUGAAUCUCUUACACUACAGAUAACUGGUGCCUUAUCAGGGAGCAAAAGGCCCAUAGGGGCUCAAGAUCCCUGAAUGCCAUAAAGGGCCUAUGGGAAUGUCUUUCCCAGGAGACUUGUGUCUCUUCCUGUCGGCCCCAGGCAAGGGUCAUUAAUCCAUGAAAUCAGGACAGCCAGUUCUGUUUGGCUCUGACGACACCCUUUCCUUGCCUUCAGUCCCUUACCUUUUUUAAGGAUUGCUUGUAGGAUUUUUUUUUUUUAUAACAAAAUUUUAAAGAAAAUAGUCUAAUGUUUAUAUAAAGUUUGUAGAAAUUGUUUUGAAAUAAUAAUAAUAAUAAUAAAAAACCUCUACUUUUUUAAUUUCCUCAGAUUUAUUUUUUCAAUCCCUUUGUGUUUCUUUUGGCUGGGCAUUUCUCUGGAGAUGUUGUUUUAUGUGAUUCAUGUUCUGAACUGAAGCAGAGUUAGCUACAGUGUGUUACAGGUUUCUUUUGGUUCUAUAGCAGCUCCUGUAGAGGGUAAAGAUAUUUAUGGUUUUCCUGUAACUUUUUUUAGGAUUUUAUUUUUUUUUUUUAAUAGAAUUAUUUAUAGUUUCUGAAAUGGCUGCUCUUCUCAUUUGGUAACUUUUAUCCCUUUUUAUGUAAAACACUAAUAUAAUGAGUCUCUGUGAAAACUAUUUAAGCUUUAUUCUGUGAAUUUUAAUUAUAAAUUCAAGGCAAUAACUUCUAGGAUUAAUCUGUAUGCAAAAUUGGAUUCAUAAUAUGACUGAAGUAGGGAAAAGACGAGAGUAUUUCUAGCCUGUAAUAUAUUAUAAUCAGUCCUAUAGAGCUAUAUAUUAUAUAUUUUACUGAGAAAUAUACAGUUCAGAGUGAAAAGGCUGGAGUUAAUUCUUCAGCAGCCUUACUGUGUGUAAGAGGCUUGAUCUGUUUGUCCUGCUGUUUGUCCAGUGUCUCGCCUGGAACAUGAGUGGGCUUGUUUUAGGGAAGGCAGCCGUCAGCAGCCGGAGCCCUGGGGCUCGGUGGCGUGUCCUGGGAAAGGACACGGAGGCAGGCUGCGGUCGGUGAUGUGCCGUGUUUCAUCCUCUUGAGUUGGAGCACAGAUCCCCAAAUCUGUUCUGGGGUUGCUUUUUGAAGCAAGCGUUGAAAGGGCGCAGUGCAGAGGAAAUAUCUCUUUGUUUUGGGGGUUGGCAGUGCUGCCGCGUCGCCUGCGGUACUGUGCCGAGUGCCGCCUCCUGCAGAAGGAGCGUUGGUAGCUACAAGUCUGCCUCGGUGGCAUCUCCCGGCUGGGAGCACUGAGCUUUCCUAGACAGCCGGCUCUGAACCUCCUGCGGUGCGUUUUCCCAAAUAUGCCAUGUACAUAGCUCCUACCUCCGCAGAGGGUUAGACCGAUUUCCCCCAGUGCUCCCAGAGCGAAGGGUAACGUGCGUGUCCGAUGCCUCUGUUUCAGGAGGGCGUUACAGAAUGACUUUGUGUGGGUCGUGUCCUACUCCGGCUCUCCAAAUCCGGUGUGGUUUGGGACAAAACCCCUGAACUGUGUGACUGGGCAGGCAGCGCAAAACCAGGCGGGUGUGAAGGCUGUUUAGAAAUCUCAUCAACUCCCAAAGGCUCCUUCCCAAGGCUUUGUUGUAGGCUUGAGGCCAAAUUUGUAGAGGCGAUAGAACAAAGAAAUUCAGCUUCAGCCGGCAGUAGCUGCCUGUCGGAGCCGGGCGGGCGAAGAGGAGAUCACAGGGGAGCUGUGUAUUGAGACAUCGGUGCGAGAGGGCUUUUCCCAAGGUUCCUCCACCGCGUUGACUCACUCCCUUGGUCCCAGCACGAGUGUGUUCGGGGAAGUUGCGGGCUCUGGGAGGCUCUGAAAACUGCACAGAGUUCACUGUAGGCUGGGAAGGAGAGGGAGGACUUCACUGCCUGUGGACAGCACUACCAGGAAGGCAGGAGCAGGGUCUGCUUCUCGGGGUGUUUAGAUUCUCUUGUGUAAUUGCUCUUGGGGAUUUUCCACUGUUACUGGUUCAUUUUUUUUAUUAUUUUUUUUUCCUCAAAUAAACUGGUACUUUGUAAAAUUGG